AUGAAUUGGUUAGGACAGUGUGAUCUCAAUCCUGCUAAUUGUACCAAAACUUCCAUCUCGAAUCACUCUUCGACUCGCAGAGAUGUAGCACAAUGUGGUAAAAAUGCUCCACAGGGAAGUCAAGUAUGUCCUCUGAAUACUUGCUGUAGCGGCAAUGGAUACUGCGGGACCACAUUCGCCUAUUGCAUCAACGCCGACCCCAUCAACGGCAACGCGCCAUGCCAACGCGGCUUCGGCGCCUGCGGCCUAAUAAACUUCCCCAACUGCGGUUCGGGCAGCACAACCGCCAGCAAUGGACGCAAAGUCUCCUACUGGCAAAUUGGCAGCGCGACGCGUUCCUGCAAUGCGCUCCCUGUCUCUCUGAUCCCCACUCAAAAUAUCACGCAUCUCAUCUUCGCCUUCAUGUCUAUCUCUCCCAAUACUUUCCACGUGGUUCCUUUCGAUACCACCGCCGUACCUCUCAUGUAUCCCUUUACUACUCUUGCUUCUGCGACUUUGGCGACGUAUAUGGCGAUUGGGGGCGGUGGAUCGAGUGUCUUGCCGCUGAUUUGGAGCCAGAUGGUGUCGAAUCAGGGGAAUCGAGCGGCGUUUAUUAAUAGUGUGGAGGGAUGGUUGAGUACGUUUGAUUUUCAGGGGGUAGAUCUGGAUUGGGAGUUUCCGAGUAGUAGUAAUGAUCGAGAUGGGUUUGUGGCGUUGGUGAGAGAGAUGAGGGAGAGUUUUACUGCGAAUUAUCCGGGGAAAAAUUGGGGGAUUAGUGUGGUUUUACCACCAGAUAUCUCCUCCCUCCAAUUCUUCGAUCCCAUAAAUCUAGAACCCUACAUCACCUUCUUCAACUUCAUGUCCUACGACCUCCACGGCCCCUGGGAAGCCUCCAACCCCUCCCUGGGCGCUUUCGUGCGACCACAAACCUCUCUCCCAGACAUCACGACGGCCAUUUCUCCCCUCUGGUUCGCAGGCGUCGAUCCCGCGAAAGUGAAUCUCGGACUUGCCGCCUACGGACGCGGCUACACGCUUGCGAAUCCGGCGUGUGCGGAUCUCGGAUGUGCGUACGUCGGGCCCAGCGAUCCCGGGCCGUGUACGACGGAAGCGGGAAUUCUGAGUAUGAGGGAGAUUGAGGUGUUGGUGCAGAGAGAGGGGUUGAAGAGUACGUGGGUGGGAGCGAGCGCGGCGGAGGAGGGGGGGAUGGGCGUGAAACAGAUUGUGUUUGGAGGGGGGAAACAGUGGAUGGGGUUUGAUGAUGUGGAGAGUUGGGGGGUGAAGAGGAAAUUUGCGGAUGCGCUUUGUAUUGGGGGAACGGUGGUUUGGAGCUUGGAUUUGCAGGGGGUGGGGACGUGA